AUGCAAGAUCUAGGUGACGCUUCCUCUACAAGUUUGGAAAAUAACAUUGAUAGCAGCUUACUUGAUGAUUUUAAUGUAAUUGAAUCUGCUAUCGAUGCGGAAAUUGACGCGAUCCCGCUUGAAUUUUCCCCACAUUCUCGAAAUUCCGCUACAAGACUUGAAUCUGAUUCGAUUGAGACCUUGAAUCCUCUCAAUGCCCAUCCUUUGUCCAUUGAAGACCCUAUUGUCACUUACGACUCGGUUGUGAAUCAGAUGAUAACUGAUGGUGUGGAGUGGAUUCCUCCCGACCAAAUGGGCAAAGGAUUCUCCGACGUGCGUUUAGUCCAUCCCAUUGCAGCUCAUUCGCAGAAUAUCAAUGGGUCUGACGACGUCACUACGUCAACGGUAGCUCAAUCGGAGGUCACUCUCAAUAGUGGCUGCCAGGCUCCCCGUCCCACAAAGCCGUCGGAUCUCUCCAAUAAAACGGCUUUUGUCCAACAUCCAAGCUCUGAUGCCAAUGAUUUGGGGGUUUCGGAGAACGUGUCCAAACUACGGGAGCUCCAGUUUCAACUGAAUCAAGAGAAGGCGACGCGUAAGCACCAGGAAGACUACAUCCAGCAGUUGCAGCGCUAUUAUGACAAUCUCCUGGCCAAGCACGCAGCUGCUGAAAUGACCAUCGAUCAUCUGCGCUUUCGGGCCAAAGUCGGUUGCGACGACUCGACACCAUUGCCAACUCUACCCACCACUCCCAGUAACACUUCAUUUAACACCCUCCGUGGCCGGAAACUCACCUCUGUCUCUCUGGAUACCUGCGUCCCAGCAUCGUUAUCCAAAAGGCCGCAUCAACCUCAUGUCUCUGGCUCCGUCAUGAGCCUUCGCGACAAAUCGACCCUGACACUGUUGUAUGGCUCUCCGAGCUAUAAUCAGAGGGCUAGCAUGCAACCGCAGGUCCAUCUCAUGCCUCUCUCCUCUUCGAUCUGUCAUUCUGAACAAAACCAUUUGAACGAUGGAUUUGAAUGUUCCAAGUCUUCCCCCAAUAAUACUACAAAUGGUAACAAUACCGCCUCUUCUGGCGAUGACGGUGCUGACUUCGACGGAGUAAGUCAUCGGCCCGUAGCAAAUGUCAAUCUUGCCACGCAGGAAGCAGCCAAGUCCCUCGAAGACCAAUUGAACGCCUCCCUCGCUGCUGUUCAUGAACGUCUGAAUGCCAUUGAGGUGCGUCCCUUUGAUGACCACCGAAAAGAAGCAAUCGCUGCGGCUCAUCGUGAUUUGGAGGAUCUCCAACGUCGGUACCAAGCUGGACAGUACCUAUGGUCCGGUGGUGGUCUGUUCGAUAGUCAGGCCAUGAUCGGUUCUCGCCUCGAUCGCUUGUCGCAGCGGCUGCAACUAGCAUUGGAGUGUACGCUAGAUGACGAUGGUGACAACACUACACCCCCUCGUCCCUCCUCCCUUAGCCUCGUGGAUUCCCGCCGAUCCGCCUCGGCUAACACGAACUACACUGGCGUUCCCACCACCGCCACUGGUAUCAACUCUUCGGGCCCUGCAGCCUCGCACCACGAGAGCUCGUCUUCACCAUCCGGUUCGGCCCAUCCAGGAGCUGUCGAUGCUGCUACCAUUGCUGCCUCCGCGGACUCGCGGGAGGCAGCAGAAGCCCAUUUCUCUCGACUUCUCGCUCGCUACAACAAGCUCAAAACUAUUCCCGGUCACUGGAAAAAUGUUGAAUCAUUGAUGCAGAGGAUGCUUCAGCUGUCAGACCGAUACUCCGCCCAGUCUUCCGUUAUAUUUCCACCAAAAAAUCUUCGCCAAAUGUUUGAGAGUGACUACGGCAUCAAUAAUGGUGUAAACCAGGCAUUAACUGCUAAACCAUCCGUUCAGACCUACUCCCAAUCCAUUGUCUCCAAGCCGAUGAAAGACGCGCCCACCAAUCCACGACAAAUGGUGAGUCCGGACAGCGGAGUGGCACAGACUCCCCUAGGUAGUAGUGGAAGCAGUGGGAUCAGUUGCUAUGGCACCGCCGCCUCUCGUGGUGGUCUCGUACGCCAGAGGUCCACCGAAGCCGCUGUAGCCCCCCUCAACGAGGCGUCCAUCGACUCGCAGCGAAAGCAAUCGGACAGUGGUUUUUGGGCCACCGACACCUGCUCUGCUGCCGCGCCGCCGUCGUCGUCGCCUUUCAAGGGCGGCUUAGUGAACUCCCUCUCCGACACCACCACUAAUACUGACGAACUUGAUGUCGAUAAUAACGUCAACCGACUCUCGAAGAUGCUUCCUGAUGAUGUAAUGUCACUGGAAGCGGAUAUUCUACGUCUUCGUAAGGGCAUUGCUAGACUCACUUCCACCGCCUCUGCAUCUGCCUCGCGACACCGCGAAAGUGGUGCCGGGUCGGGUUCUUCCAACUCCACAUUUGGAGAGAAUCCUUCAAGAAAAACGUUACAGCGACCCUUGAAUGGCGUGAAUGCGAGUACACUCAGCCGUUUGCCAAAAAGCUUAGGCCAUUCUUCUACAAACGUGAGACAACUACGUCUUCCAGCCUCAUCCAGUUCUUCAGACGAAGAUACCACCUACUCCACCUACAAUCGAUCACGCUAUCCUUCUAAAAGUCGCCACCAUGUAGCUGCUCCCAACAACAGCAACGAUACAAAUCCAUCAUUGAAAGUGAUCGGUUCUUCCCUGAUCCCCCAGCAGCGCACUCUAGCCACAGGUCCAACAAGAACCUACUGCCGCACCUCCUCCAGAACACAUCCCCAGUCCAGCCGCAUUGAGGACCCCAGCUACCAUCGUAUUGCCACACCCGGCCAUCGUAGAAGUCGUAGUUCUACGGGUCAGAAGGCCUUCUACCGCCCUUGUGGCAGUUGCGGAGGCAGUGGCUACAAUCUUAAUACGAUUGGACAUUCAGAAAAUGAGGCUUUCGAUUCUUCAGUGCAUUCUCGCACUAUAAGACAGACUCCCACGAUUCGAUUGCCGGUACAGCAGGGCUACAAUGGAUGGACGGAGCGGGUGUACGGAAUACAGGAGCUCUAUGGUUCAGCGCUUUCGCUGCAAAAAGGCCGUGCCUACAAUACCAUUGGCCACCAGCCUUCAACAAGUCUUGGAGGCUGGUCAAAUCAGAGCCAGUGCUCCUGGGCGCCCGGAAAAUCGGUUCUCUUGCCGGCCACCUCUUCGCCUCUCAUACCCCAACGCGCGCAUCGUCGGACACGACAGUACGUUCCUCUAAAAUCGCAAAGCCUUUCCCACGGUGACACUACGUCAUCGAGUUCUGAGGACGAGGCUUGUGGCGCCACCGUGAUUCCGACUUCGAGCUGCUCCUGCAAUCACUACCGCCAUCGGAGCAGUAGUUGUCAAGCGGCGGAGCUAGAAGACUUUUCCUCCGCCAGCAGCGGCGCCUACGCUGCAGCUCGCUGCGUCACUCAGAUGGCCCAACGACUGAACAGCAAGCUAACUCGGCACCAGGCCCGACACCGUGCUCCUAUGCGUCAGUCUCAGCCGCACCAGCAGCUGUCGUCGCACCGUCGCAGCAGUCGGUGUAGUCAUCAGGACUCCGACACCAGCUACAGGGAGGACUUCUAA